AUGGAAAGUCCCGAUUCAAGAACGAUCGCUGGUAUAGAUCCCCAAGAUUGGAACAAGCAUGUAGACUUCUUUGUGAGUGAGGGCUAUGUGCGUAGGUCCCAAGUAAAUAAGGCGAACAGGGCUCUCCAAUCGAAUAUUCCGACGCAGGGUCGUACAUCAUUUGCUCAGAGGCAACGUGGGAUUUUUGGGCCAAUUACUGCAUACCCAAGCUUAUUCGCUACUUGGGCCGAGUCACAUCAACAUGAGGAUGGGUCGUGGACAAGUGAGCUCAGGGCUAAGCAGCAUGCUGACAUGCUGACGAGAUGGGAUGAAACUCGAAACGAUGACAAUCCUCCAACAGAAGCAGAAUAG